UUCAAAACUUCUGUAUUUCAAAGUAUUAUUUAAAUCUAUUUAUUCUAAAAAUUCUUGUGUUUUGUUUAUUUUUUUAUAUAAUAUAAUAUAAUAUAAUCCAUAAGAAUAGCUAGUGGAGGUUCAAGACCUCAAGUUCAUAGAUUGAUCUAAAUGUAAUGUCCUUUUACACAUGGUCUGUAGGGGGCGCUGAUGGGCUUGUAUAUAAAUAAUAGCUGACGCCGCGCUGCAUCAUCACUCGCUUCUGGAGAAGAGGAGGUGGGAGCGCGGGCGCGUCCCCGAGCGCAUCCUUGAGGAGUACGCAGGCACCCAUUCAACUGGAGGAACGAGCUGUAAAAAUUCAUGGACAUUAAAUAGAUAUAUCAAUUUCUUUGCUUUUUAUUUUUUGUUUUCUGGCCGCUGCCAAGCCACUGAACCUUCAGAAUGGCUGAGAUUACAAAUUUAAAACCAGCCUAUGAGGUUUCCCCAGUCCUUGCAGGUUUUCUUGGUGCGGGGGUCUUGGUCGUCUCUGUGACGGUGGCUGUUUUCCUGUGGACGUGCUGCCAGCGACGCUACCGUCAAAUGACAGGCACCUACAAGCUGACCAGCGGCCCCUAUGACCCACCUGUUGACCCCCCCUACAAGUUCAUCCACAUGCUUAAAGGGAUCAGUAUCUACCCUGAGACCCUCAACAACAGCAAGAAGAUUGUACGGGUUGGCCGUCACUCAGCAUCAGGGUCCUUCAUGAGAGAAUGGGAUCGUGGGUCAAGAAACAGUGACGUUGUCCUUGUAGAUCCAGAUUCCGAAAGUGGACUGCUGAACGGUACCCCGCACCUACAGAUGAACCACCUGGUACCUCCUGUAGCACCUCUCAGACUUGAGAGGGCGCUACCCAUUCGGGCGGACUACUGCUGUCUGGAGAGCAGUUCAGCAAGCAGCAGCGAAGCGCCCAGUAAAACAGCGACGCCCUACAGUCUAAACUCGCCUUCUCUGGGCACGCUUAGUCUGGCUAUCGACUACAACUUCCCCAAGAAAGCACUUGUCGUCACUAUUGUAGGAGCACAGGGGCUCCCCGCCGUGGACGAACAGGCAGGCAGCUCUGACCCCUACGUUAAGAUGACCAUCCUUCCCGAGAAGAAGCACCGGGUGAAGACGCGUGUAUUAAGGAAGACCCUGGUGCCUGUUUUCGACGAGACGUUCACCUUCUAUGGCAUUCCGUACAGCUCGCUGCCCGAGCUCACGCUGCACUUCCUUGUGCUCAGCUUUGAUCGGUUUGCACGGGAUGAUGUCAUCGGGGAGGCGGUCGUACCGUUGGCGGGCGUGGACCCCAGCACGGGCAGAGCGAACAUCACUCAGCAGAUCAGCAAGAGGAACACACAGUGUGAAAGUCAUGGGGAGUUGCUGGUCUCUCUAUCCUACCAGCCUGUUACUCACAGGCUUAAUGUGGUGGUGCUUAAGGCCAAACACCUGCCAACCAUGGACAUCACUGGCCUCUCAGGCAACCCGUAUGUUAAAGUGAAUGUCUUCUACGGCCGCAAGCGCAUAGCCAAAAAGAAGACACAUGUGAAGAAAUGCACACUCAACCCUGUUUUCAAUGAAUCAUUUAUCUACGAUGUUCCCGCUGAGCUAAUGCCGGACAUCUCCGUGGAGUUUCUGGUCAUUGAUUUUGAUAGCACCACGAAGAAUGAGGUGGUGGGUCGCCUGGUUCUGGGUGGUCAAAGCCCCAUUCCAUCAGGGGUGACUCACUGGAGGGAAGUUUGUGACAACCCUCGGCGGCAGAUUGCCAAGUGGCAUAACCUUUCAGAGUACUAGCAUCUGGCAAACACACGGGGAAAGCAAAGUGUAUUGUACCACUUCCUUCCUGUCACCCCCUAUAGUGAAAGAAGCCCAUUUAACCAUCUCCCCCUUUCCCUGUGAGGUGUGUGUGUGUGGGUGAGUAUGUGUGUCAACAUUUCAAAGGACCACAGGCCCUACUAAAAAAAUGAAAAGAAAAUACUUAGUACACUGAUGAACCAAUAGCAAAAAAAAAAAAAAAAAAAAGACUAUGAUUGAUCUUACUAAAAAUAACAAGAAAUAACCAUGUUAAUGUGUAAUGUGCUUUUCGGCUCUGAUAAGAUACUAUGAGAAUUACACCUGUAUAAGAGUCAUACCACAGUAUCCUCAGAGCCCUUUCACCACCGGCAUAAAGCCACUCAACUUAUUUUUAAAGAUGAAGUCUGUAACUUCUGUGCCACUAAUGUAACAAAAUGGAAUUACAAAAAUCCUUUUCAUACAGGUUUCCCCAAACAUUUACCCCAUCUGCCAUUGGUGGAACAAACAGAUAGUCCCACCUCAAACUCAUGCUAUUGGUUAAGCCAGUGUUGCUAAUUGCUCAAACAAACUGCAAAAGAGUUUUGAUUGCGCAAAAGUGUUUACUCUUUUUGGGGAAAUGAACCUUCAAAUGGCUUAUUUAAAGUUGUCUCUGAAUAUUAAACCGGGCCAGGAGGAGGUAUUUUGACAUCAAAAAAUUACACGCUUCAGUUUUACCUGAUCCUAUGUAUCAUAGAAUGUUACACUGUUACUCUUAAUUUUUCUUUUUUCAUACUGAAAUUGAUUAGCUCCAAAUAUACAUUUGAACUUUUGUCAUGCACUUAGUGUCAUGGAAAUAAAAUAACUAAAUUUUAGCUCUUUAGCCACCCCAACUUUUAACUUUUAAAUAUUAACUGCUUCAAUACCCUGUUUGGCAGAAAGCCUAUUCAUUCUUCUCCUAGUGAUAAUUAUUAUUACAUUUUUUAGCUGAUAAAUAUGCAGAUUCGGACCAAUUUGUGCACUUUCGUAGAGUACUGUAUUUAUUUUUGUGAUAUGUGUUCAAC